AUGGCCUCGAUAAGGUCUCUGCUGAACCCCGAUACCUCGUGCCCCAGUCUCAAUCCGGCAAGCUCACAGCGUGAAUUGUCUUUACAGUCACCCCACUCAGAAAGGAAGAAGGUCCCCAAAGAUCAACCGUCCUUUAGGAGGGGCAAGGUCCAGGGCGAAGUUCGCUAUCGCGUUCACGAUGAGCGCGACGAAGAGCUUAAAACGAUCCACCUGAAGCACAAGUUGUACCCCAUGGGCAACAUAGCAGACUUUCCGGACCGCAUCCCCUAUACUAGCAAAAAAAGGUCUUUCAAGGAGCGGACAGGGAGGGAAGGCUUUGAAGUUUUCCAUUACACGUUCGAGAUGCCCGACAACCCCAAGACGUGGGUAAUAUCGUGGGAUUAUAACGUUGGACUUGUUCUCACAAGAUCCCUGUUCAAGUGCAACGGCCAUCCAAAGACCGCUCCCGCGAAGGUGUUGAAGAUGAACCCGGGCCUCAGCGAUAUUAGUCACAGCAUCACGGGCGGCGCACUCGUCGGACAAGGAUACUGGAUGCCAUUUAGGGCUGCCAAAGCGCUAGCAACCACAUUUUGUUGGAACAUUCGCUUCGUCCUGACGCCCAUGUUCGGCCUCGAUUUUCCUGCGCAGUGCAUUCCCCCAAAUGACCCCCGCUUUAACAACAUGAUCAUCGAUCCGGAGAUAAUCCGGCAAGCCGCGGAGGAUGUGGCUUACUACCGCAGCCUGGAGCCGCCGAUUUCCCGACGUGGAAGUAAUAACAGCUUCCAAGAACCCGACCGAGACCAACAGAACAAAACCCGGAAAUCGUCGCCUUGCCAGCAGAAAUGUCAGAGCGUCUCUCCGCACGAUAUAUAUUGCGUUUCGCCGACUAGCUGCUCUAAUAGUACAUAUAUGCUGGCCGAUACCCCAUACACUGCCGAUGGAAGCACUUCACCACGCGCAGUUUUCGGACGUGGGAUGCGAGAGGAAUUCCGGUCAGAGACAAGCUCGCAGCUUACCUUCUAUGGCUCCAGCUUAUCGAGCAACCACCUCUCCGAUGACGACCACAAGAGAGGUAGUCAAGUUGAACUGCAAGACGAUCUGCGCUCAGCUGAGGUUCUAUCGGCUACAGGAAUGGUUGGUGCUUGCUCCUGGCAGCCAACGGAUACUUGUGAGCCUGAGGCUCCUUUGGAGGGUUCUAGGGCAGCCAUUGCCGCGCAUGCGUUAAUGGACUUGCGCAACAGCGGUAUAAGAUAUGGUGUCAUCAUGUGGUCUCUUACUGACAAAACUGCACUUGGGCUGUUGGCAGGGUGGACGGGCGAUGAUGGCGUUAUGGUUGCUUGA